AUCAGCAACGGCGUCGAGUGUAUUAUCCUUAACCGAGCCUACUUCCUGCGUUACACGUCCGAGUCCCUACGGGACGCAUGGGCACGAGGAGCUGGUCCAGGUCUGGCCAAUGCGGUCUUGACUCUGGCCAGAGCUCGCCAAUUCGAGACCCAACUACAGGACGCCUGGCGAGCGAACGAGAGCCAUUGUAGAGAGGGCCAGUGGCGACGAGUCGACUGGGCCGACGACUGGCGACGGAGUGGCAGGUACCUGCGGCAGAUGAGAGUGCUGAACCGGUCGUCCGAAACCACUCCAACUUUUGCGGAGGCUACGCGUUUUACUGGCCGGACGAUUCACAUAAACUCACGUCGACACCGAUUUCAGGGUAAAUACAAACCGCAUCGUGGAACUCAAGGGUCGCCUCUGCUCUUCAAGGCACCUUUC